UAUUGCAGCCGUUCGCUGAUUGGAUCCGUGCUAACAUUCAUGGAGAAGCUGGGCUUGAUCAACUACGUGGACCAAAUCGCCCGACGAGAGCCUUUGAUCCCCACAGCCUCGGAGCUCAUUCAAGGAGCCCGCAUCAAAAUCAUUUGCACUAGUUUAGGCGCCAGCGCCACCACCAUGAUAAGCUUCGACGAAGGCGAACGAAUCCUCCGCCUCCCCGCCUUCACCUGGACACCCAACUGCCAAGCACUCAUGAGAAACCUCGUCGCUUACGAAUCCAUGGCCGCGGUCCACGAUAAUCCCCGGAUUCUGACAACAUACUUGCAGCUAAUGCACGACCUGACAGCCGCCGGGAGCGCGAAGAAGGUCGAGUUGCUUAGACAAGCCGGCGUGAUCGCCGGGGAUAAUCCCGCCGACGUCGGGAAACUGUUCGGCGAGAAUAUAACGACGGUGGUGAUUGGCAACCUGAGUAGUAGGCAGCAACAUCAGCAGCUAGAUUCGCAGAUCCAGGCCGUGAACCGGUGCUAUUAUUUAUAGCGAUAAUGUGAACACGAGGUCGUGGGGGAUUCUGUAUAGACGUUUCAAGUUGGGCUUGAGGCGGCUGGCCCAGUUGUUGCUUCUGGUGGUUUCGAUUGGGCUCGUGUUUUUCCCUGCUGUUACUCUGUUGAUGUCCACGCUUUCUUUUAACGUAUGGGACUGCGUCUCCCCGUGGAUGGCUCUGCUGCCUCGUCUCUGAACUUUUGUGGCACCGCGCGGUGUGUUUUAUGUCAAGAACCAGUUGAUCUCAAUAACUCGAGUUGUUGGGAGAAGUUUAUGCUGGAUUUUAUACCACUCUCUAAUACGCCCCCUCAAACGAAAGCCAACUCAUGAGCUUGAAGUUUGCACAGGCCCAUCAUACAAUGUGCUCAGGGGCGGACCCAGGGAGGUUUAGGGGUGUCCCCGGACACCCCUAAAUUUUGGGAAAACGAUUAUCCAACCCUCGAUGGUAAUUUACGUAUGGAUAAAAAAAAUAUAAUUGAUAGUGAGAGACACCCCUUAAAUUUGAAAAAAUGAUUAUCCUACUGUCAUUUGUGUAUAGGAAUAUAAGUGGUAGGUUGGAUAAUUUAAAUCUAUAACACUAUUAUUAUUAAUAAGCUCAAUUUCCGUUGAGCUAAACUCAUUUGUUGUUCGAUUUUGAACAAUGUGUAAUAGUAAAAUGGUAUUCCCUAUCUCUAAUUAUUUUAAGAACCUAACAAUUAAACUAAUUUCAAACUACCCUUAAUUUGUAUUGAUUUUAUGAUUGUACGACAAGUGUUGAAAGAGUCUUUCAGCUUUGGGUUACAUCAAGAACAAGUUUACAAAUAGAAUAUGCGAUAAGUUUGUGAAUGAUUGUCUAGUAGUGUAUAUAGAGACAAUUUUUUUAAACACUAUAGACACCAAGUGUAUUCUACAAUUAGUUCCGAAUAAGAAAACACAUCAUGGACUUUUUUAACCUGUACGAGUAAAGUAUUUUCAUAUUUACAAUUUUAUUUUUAUUAAUUAUUUAUUUUUAUUUAAUUUAUUUUUUAAAAGAGGACACCCCUAUAAAAAAUUUCUGGGUCCGCCACUGAAUGUGCUUGAAAGACAACGGUUAAUAUUGGAGGUCGUGGAGAUUCGAACACAUGACCUUUCGGUUCUAGGCUUUGAUACCAUGUCAAGAACCAGUUGAUCCCAACAACUCGCCACUCAUAAGGGCUUGAAGUUUGCACAGGUCUAAAGACAAGAAUAUCAUGUGCUUAACAAAUGGGGUCACCGGGAAUCGAACACAAGACCUCUCGGUCACAGAAGGCUCUGAUACCAUGUCAAUAACCAAUUGAUCCCAAUAACUCGAGUUGUUGGGAGAAGGUUAUGCUGGAUCUUAUACCACUCUCUAACACUUUAAAUGUCACUGCUUGCACAGACUUAUUUUUGGCUAUUCUCUUCAAAAACAAAAAUCUUGUAGUAAUGAGAUUGGUGAACACUUAUAUACAAAGGUCAUUCUCUUGUAUUGUCGAUGUGGUACUUGAAUUGCACCAUAACAAUCCUCCUCUCAAAACAAGUAUUACAAACUUUGUGUCCUCUCCUCAACGACUAUCUUGAUCCGUUGGACACCUUGUACUGACAGGCUCUCCAACACAAAGAUUUACCAAAUGCAUAACUCAAUUGAUAUGCCAAACAAAAGUAGAUCUUCCUCUAUCCGUCAAACAAACGCGUCUCGAUGUCAACGAAUGAGAUAAAUCACAAACACACAGAUGGAAAGAAUAGAGAUAUAGAAGGAUUGAAUUAGAGAAGAGCGGGAAAAAAUUAAGGAAGAACAAACCAAAACACUCAGUGUGCCUAGAUGUGGCCAAACGUAAACUUCUCAUUACUCCCAAAACACCGCCCAUCUCGACACCUACGAUCAAUCUCAACCUGAGGAGGCUUCUGAAAAUUCCCGGUGGAAGUGUAGUCCCUGGCCGAGCUAUCCCGGCUUCCGCAACUACCGCUGCAGACACUACUUUUCGCUCGAAUUAAAGCAUAAUGUUAGU